UGUUAUAAAAGAGCAUAAAAAUCCAGUUUUAUUUUCUUUGCAUAUUUGUGGCACACAAACAUAUCAAUUGCAAGGAAAGAAAUCUGAGAUACUAAUAAUCACAUUUGAUUAUCAUUGCAGUCAAUGAUGAUAGGCUUAUUAAGCAGGGAACCACCCAUCAAAGUCAAACUUGAUGAACUUGAGAUGCGCCUUUUUGACCCAAAGAAGGACAACUGGAAAGAAGUGAGAAAUAUGGCCUUUACUCCAUUAAAAGAGACAAUUCCAAAGAUUAUGAGAGAUUUGUUAUUUCAUCCGAUACUUAGCUGUGUAUUAGCAAUAUUAGCUGGGGUAACAUACCAAAUAAAAGGCUCUUUAUGGAGCUCCCUCGUUUUGCUGGUGGUGAUAUACCCUCCAUUAUAUAUUUUCUUAGUCUGGAUGAUUCCCCCAUUUGAGAUGUCCAAACAAGUGGAUUACAACAAAUUUGUAGAAUAUUGGACUGAUCCCGCCCACCCUUUAUGGCUACUCUUCCACAAGAGGAGACUAAUCGGUAGUGUUGGUCUGAAGGAACUUGAUGUCAACACAAGAGGCGAACUUGUUCGUUUGGCAAUAGCACAUGAAUACAGGCGGAAUGGACUAGCUGAAAAACUGGUUUAUACAGUUAUAGAGUUCUGCGAAAAACAUAAAUAUGAAGAGUUGAUACUUCUCACCAGUGUAUAUCAACUGGGGGCAAUGAAACUUUAUGAAAAAGUUGGAUUCACAAAGUAUUCAAGAUAUACUCUUUAUUAUAUUACACCGGUGUUGAGCGCAGUAAGUGUUCAAAUCAUUGGUUACACCAUGAAAAUCCCAAGAAAAUGAGUGGGUGUCUAUCAUUUAACUACUUAUACAUUAUGUAUUGUAUAUAGUCCAUUAAACUUAGCAGUCUUGGAAAUAAACUACAAAAAUUAACGAUAUAAUACUUCAACAUAAAUAUGCUUUAAUAUAUUCAUGCACUUUUGAAUUAAAUCAUAUUGAUAAUACUGAAAAAAUUAGAAAUCAGCAUCACCACAGAGUAGCAAAUCCCAAGGAACAAAAUAUUAAUGAAUCUGUACGUUGUAAUGUUUUCACACAUAGCUAGGCAAGGUGUGUCCGAUUCCAGCAAAUCUGAACAGAGUAUUCACAUAAUGAACAAUGUGUGAAAUAUCAUAAACGCAUUUCUUGUGUACAGUUGCUAAGCGAUUGAGAUUGAAAUUGAGUUUUUAAAUACUUGACUCUUGCAAAAAGAUUCAUUGAAAAUAUGUUCUUUUAGUGAUUUUGUAUCUUUUAG